UUUCUAUUUCCGGUAAGAAAAACUAGAAUAAAAAGGAUUAGGCCUAUGUUAUAAACUUGCCUUACAUCAUUAUGGAAAACAACUUUUGAGAGUUAGAAAGAGGUGAAAUUCAAGAGAUAUUUAAACCUCUUUUUAGAGUGAAACAAAAUUUAAAAAUCAAAUUUUGAAUACAGCUCUAUCAUUUUUUCUAACAAAGUGAUCACACUUCUGAUUAAAAGUAAUGGAUUCAUUAGACUCCUACUGCAGUUUAGAGAUGGACUGUGAACAAGAGUCGGAUGAUGAGGAGGUAUUUCGUGCCUUUUUGUCUAAGGGCAAUAGAGAAGUCGAGAUAACAGAUGAAGGAGAUAUGUAUAUCAUUAAAGAGGAUGCAGACCUUUCAGAUGUACCAAUAGAAGACAUGACUGGGGAGGGUAGAGAGUUAGAGGGUAUCAUUAAGUAUAAGGGAGACAUAAGUGAGGAAGAGUCAGCAAUUUCAGACGAGGAAGAUGAAGAAAUUUCAGAAAAGGAAGAUGGUGGUGAUAAAGACUGGUCAGGAAGCGAUGAUGAGUCCUCUAUAAGUACGAGUAGCAGUGAGGACUUGUCUGAUGAGGAAUUGCUGCCGGAACUGGCAGUUUUAGCAGGGAAACCAAAAUCCUACAGAGAAAAUCAUACAAACAAGAGAGUUGGUUGUGAGAAAAACAAUUCUGCUUGUGGUAAGAGGAAGCCAUGUGUAACAGCUAGUGAGGAAAACAAACAAAUUACUGUGGUCAGAGUGGGGUUAGAUAAUCAGGUUAUAUCCAAAUAUACCAUCACCGAUAAAAAAGACAUCCAACUGACACUGGAAAAUCUCAGGAAGCAAAAGAGGAAAGAUUUUAUACAGAGUAAAGGUGCAGUUAAAAAAUCACCAGGGAAGAUGUUUAGGGUACCAAAAGUCAAAAAGUCUACAGCAAACACAAGUUUAAGCCAGACAUUGAAAGGUAAUGGAGAUGGGCCUCAGUCGAACAGUGCAGCUCCUGGUGUAGUGAAGAGGGCAAAAGUGCUGGGUAAUGUAACAGAAACAGAUAUGAUUACAGACACAACACAGACAGCCUUGACAUUUACCAGAUCCUCAGUUUUGACUCCGACAGUUGAGAAUGGAGAGAAAUCAUUAGAUGUAACUCAAAUGAACGGCAAUGAAGGUAACUCAUUUUUACCAACUCGUAGAUUUUGGAAAGAAGAUGGCACAUCAUCAUUAGGAGGACAUUUUAAAAACGUUUCUUGUGAAAACUUAACACAAUUACCUAUAAGACAGGAGCCAGACGAUGACCUUGAAACUUUCAGUACAACUAAGGUAGAUAUCAAACAGGAACCAAAAGAUGACCUUGAAACUUUCAGUACAGCUAAUGUAGAUAUCAAACAGGAACCAAAAGAUGACCUUGAAACUUUCAGUACAAGUUAUAAAGAUAUAAGAGAGGAACCAAAUGAUGACCUUGAAACUUUCAGUACAACUAAUGUAGAUAUCAAACAGGAACCAAAAGAUGACCUUGAAACUUUCAGUACAAGUUAUAAAGAUAUAAGAGAGGAACCAAAUGAUGACCUUGAAACUUUAAGUACAACUAAUUUACAUAUCAAACAGGAACCAAAAGAUGACCUUGAAACUUUCAGUACAACUAAUGUAGAUAUCAAACAGGAACCAAACGAUGACCUUGAAACUGUCAGUACAACUAAUGUAGAUAUUAAACAGGAACCAAACGAUGACCUUGAAACUUUCAGUACAAGUUAUAAAGAUAUAAGAGAGGAACCAAAUGAUGACCUUGAAACUUUCAGUACAACUAAUGUAGAUAUCAAACAGGAACCAAAUGAUGACCUUGAAACUUUCAGUACAACUAAUGUAGAUAUCAAACAGGAAUCAAACGAUGACCUUGAAACAUGUACUGUGGUCAUCAAAGACAAACUGAAGGAUGGCCUUGGACAUUGUAAUAAGGACGUAAUUCAAGAACGUCAGAAAGACCAUGAACCUUUUAAUUAUCUAGAUACUGAUCAUGCAUAUAGCUGUAGACAGGAACCUUGUGAAGCAAUGCAGAAUACAUUUAUAAGUAGUGCACAGAUCUUACAUACAAAAAAGGCAUUCUGUAAGGGUGCUAGAAAGUCAAAUAAGGAUUCAGACUUGAAGAAUUCGGUAUCAUGUGAAUCUCAACACAGUUGUCAGCAUUUGAAAAGGAAACAUUCUGUAGAAGGGAAUGUUUGGGGGUGUGCUCGACUUUCGUCAAAUAACAAGGAGAUGAAUGAUCAUAUUUUGCCAAAAACAACAAAUACACUUCCGACAUUCAAAGCCGUAGUGUUAGAUCCUGCAAUGAGAUUUGUACCUGUGGAGUCUGAAUGUAAACUCAAAAAGGCACAGUCUAUGAGGUCGCUGCUUUUGUCACAUUCCACAGCUAAACCAACACAAACACAGUCAACAACGACAUGGACAUCGUCUCAUUCCACAGUUAAACCAACACACUCGAAAUCCAAAGUUAAACUUAUUGAACCACAUUCUACCAUGAUUCCCAAAUCACAGGAACAUACAGUGAAACCGACCCAGUCACAGUUAAUGCUACCGGUCAAACCAAUGGUACCGGACAAACUUGUACCAUCACCUGUGCAGUCUAAAGGUAAUAUCGCACAAUCUCGGUUCUACCUUAAAGUUGGAAAACGAUUGAAAAGAAUGGCAUCGGGAGAAAUGAAUCAAUGUUUAGUUGAACCAUCAGUGUUAAAGAUCGAAACAGUGAUUAAUUCAUUGUUAUCAGAACAUGGAUAUGCACGCCCAUUAUCACAAUACCUGUCCACUGUGAAAGUCAAGAAACCACAGUCUACCUUAAGAGUCGCAAAGACUCGACCAAUAAUGAAAAAUACAUCACAACAGUCAUCAACAAAAGAUUCUGAAGACAUACUUAAAGCCACACAUCCACAAAUAGGGUUAGAACAUCCACAACCACAAGCUGUAGUGAAAGUGGCGCAAUCACAAACUACAGCAAACGUUUCAAGAUCACAAUCCUCAAUGAAACCAGUACAUUCAGAGUUUGCAAGUGAAGCUGUGCAGCCAAAUAUAAUAGUGAAAUCAACACGGACACAACCUUUAAUGAUAGUAGCUCAGCCACAAUCUGCAACGACAGCCAGACAAUCACAACCAAAUAUGAAAACUGUACGAGUAAUACCCAUAGUACGAACAGAUACAGUUGCAAAACCACCGUCUGCAUUGAGAACAACACAACCAGCUUUCACAGCAAAAGUUGUGCAACCACAAUCCCCAGGUUACACAACACAACCAACUAUUGCAAGGAAAGUGGAACAACCAGAGAAAUCCAUACAGCCAACACCCACAGUGAAAGUUAAACGGCCUACAGUGGAUGCGGUACAACCACCAUCUACUAUUGGAGUUGUUCAAUCACAAGCCACGAUGAAAGAUGCAAUACAACAAUCCACUGUCAAGAUUGGACAACCAAAAUUCACCGUAAAAAUAGAACAGCCGGAAUCCACAGGUAACGCCUCGCAACCAAAAACAACCAUGGAAACCAUACAACCACAAAUCUCGGUGAAAGUGGAGCAACCACAGUCUAUAGACUCGGUGAAAGUUGCACUGCCAGAAUCGGCAGGGGAAACAACACAAUUUACAUUGAAAGUGGCACAACCACAAUUCACAUUGAAAUCUACACAACCACACUCCACAGCAAAAUCCACGCAAACACAAUCCACAGUGAAAGUGGCACAAACACAAUCCACAGUGAAAGUGGCCCAAUCACAAUCCACAGUGAAAACCACGCAACCAGAAUCCAUAGUGAAACAGAUACUUCAUCAAUUUCCUGUUAAACCCGUUCCGUUAGGUAUGAACGCGAACAAUGUCGAUGAUAGCAUAUAUAUUACGGAACCUAAUGAUACCAUGCUGUUACAGGUGAAGGACCAGCACAACGUACCUUGUCCAAUGUGCACACAAUGCUUCCCAACUUUACCCGAGAUGUUGAAACACUGCAAGAUCCAUUAUGUCCACACGCCUAGUACACCGAGACAACCUAAAAAACGAAAAUACAGGGACCGGUAAAUUUGAUUAAAAAACAAUAUCGUGUGUUUAUGGGGCAUCUAAGCAGCAAAUCCAGUCAAAACAUUGAUAUUUUACAGGCCUAUAAAUCCCUAUUAUGGUGCAAUGGCACAGAAGUAACGUGAUGAACUUUUAGUAUGUAUCAUGGC